AAAACAAACAUCCUUCAUCGAGGAUGUGACAGCCCUGGUUGGGUCUACGAGGACAGGGAUUCAGCAGCCCUUAAUUUUUUGGCUGCGACGCUCUUACAUGGACUCUUAGUCUGAUAUAAAGACAACUCCUGGAACUGGACCUGAAUCCAAAUCUGCUAUCAGACUCCCACAGAGAAGAUGAAGACCAUAGUGAGGCUUCCCCUUCUGCUGUGUGCGGUUGGCUUGUGUGUGUAUAUGAGAGGGUACGUGUUGCAGGAACCUUUUCUGCAUCAAACCACCUGGGACUGUGAGAGCAAUUCAUCAGCAAAGGAUCCGUGGUUCAAUGAGCGUUUCAACAAAUCAGUUAAACUCUUUAUGUCUCCAAAUGACCGUCUACCAGAGCGAACCUUUCAGUGGUGGAGGCGCAUGCGGGGAGAAAAGGGUAACUUCAGUGUGUAUGAAGAGGCGGUGUCCGGGGCGUUUCAGGUCCUUCCUCACUCUCCUAAUGUUCUGGAGCCGACCCCCCGGAGCUGCAGGAGUUGUGCUGUGGUCGGUAACUCUGUCAGCUUGAGGGGAUCACGUUAUGGACCUCUGAUAAACUUCCAGGAUCUUGUCUUUAGAAUUAAUGGUGGUAGGAUCAAAGGAUUUGAGGCAGACGUCGGGAACAAAACCACUCAUCACAUCAUGUUCCCUGAGAGUAUGCAGCACUUGGACAACACCACUCGUCUGGUCAUGUUUCCAUUCAAGACAGCUGAUAUCCGUUGGAUUGGGAAGGCCAUAUCCACAGGAUAUUACGGAACCCCACACUUCAGAGCAAAGGUCAGAGCCAACAAGGAUUUGGCGAUGGUGGUCAACCCGGUCUUUAUGCAAUACGUCCAUGAAGCAUGGCUGGAAAAGAAGGGCUAUUAUCCUUCCACUGGAUUCAUGACUUUGGUUCUGGCCCUGCAUCUUUGUGAUGAGUUACACGUGUUUGGUUUUGGAGCAGAUGAAAAUGGAGACUGGAACCAUUACUGGUCCUUAAACGCUUGGAAGCUUAUCAAAACUGGAGGCCAUCCCGGAGAAUUUGAGUACCAAACCAUCGAGAAGCUGGGGGAGCAUCGAAUAAUCCGCUUUUAUCGUGGCUGGGGUCCUCAUGCUCUUCAUUUAAUGCACAAGGAGAGCAAAGUGUAAGGCUGAAGACAUGGGACUAAUUGUUCAUCAUCAGGGAUGUCAAAUGAGUCUUUCUAAGUUAAUCGCAAUUAAUCAUACUUUUCAUUGAUGUUUGAAAUUCACAGUUUUUAUGCUUUUAUUUUGUAUUUUUGUUGGGGGUACUUUACUUGCUGUUUUAAUUGAACCCUGCUUUUAUUUUUGAAAUAAAGUAAGGAACCAGAGUGACCACGCUCCUGUGUAGACAAAAACUGCCCUGAGAAUGUUUUGGUGGUAGAUUAGAAAACAGCAUCUGGAACGCAGUGAAACGGUAGAGCGCGGCUUUUUGCACUUUGAUGUUGAACAACAUGGAGGAGCGAGGAGGAGAAGAGCUCUUUCUCUUUCUGCUGGACAUAGUUUAGUCAUUUAAGUGAAUGAUUUAUGAUGUCCUUUGAAGUGUACCGAUGUCGUCUUCUUCUAAUGAAUGUUCGACAGGCUUUGAGCUGUGUGAUCCUGCCCCCUGGAGGCUAAGUGGUUGUCAUGCAGCGCCUCAACCUUUUCAGUCAGAAAGGAGGGGUGGAUUCGAAUUGUCCCUCCUAUCUCCUUUCACUAUCCACUUUACCUUAACCCUGGGGAAAGCGUCAUGGUUAAGGAAAGAUGUUAGGAGACGUC